GGACUGAAACGCAGCGCGAGAUCAGAAGGUAUAGCUUGUCUUACUCAGUGAAAACGUAGAUGAGUUGAGCGAGACCGACCUCACCAACAUACACACUCACUCACAGCCUAACUGCGAGAUUGAACAUAUCACUCGCUUUUUAGGGGUGGGUCAAAUUUAAUUGUUUUCAGACGUAUUAUACUUUUGUAUACAAUGCACUAAAUACAGAAACUUGCAGCUAGGUAAAACAAAACAUCGCGUAAAGUCAAUUUUGGGGCGGGCGAUUUUUUUUUUGUAGAAAAUACUGUGACUCGAGGGAGGGGAGCUGGGCACCUCAGCUUAAAAGAAGGCGGAGAGAACUGCGACCAGGCGCUGUGUGAGCGAGCCCAUCGCUCUGUCCCUGUGAAUGUGUGUGCGUAUGCCUUUUUUUCUUCUUAGAGCUCUCAUUGCUAAUGAAUAAUUCAUUAGCGUCGUUGACGUGUGUCAGUAGGAGGCGGGCUUUUGUAAAUCGCCUGCACUUUUCUCAGUUCUCAGGAGGCGGGUUCAUACACGGCGCGCAUUGGAGGGGUCGGAUCGACGCCGUUGGACGCGCGCACUUUUUUUUCUCCCUUUCUCGCACAGCAUAUGAUCAGUGGCUCACUGGCUUGAGCUCCAAGCUCGUUGCUACUGUUGGUAGACACCGACGAAGUUAUAUAGUUAUGAAUUUAUGAAGUUAUGUCAGUGCUGUGUUAAGAGACAAGUCUUUUCAAUGUGGUAUAGGCUAUGAACUUAAAGAAACACCAAUACAAUAAGAACAAACUUAGACAGAGGAAAUGACAUUCCAGAGUAAAUGCCAGCCUCAGUGUUGAGUGGAAGAUGAUCGAAAUGUCAGUGGACAAAGAGACUGCUUUACCUGGUAAUGGCAGAGGGGAUCCCAUGGCACAUGGGCAGACCCAGCACCUCUCAGAAUGUGCCAAAAAUUGCAGUGAUGCCUCCAGAGCAUCGGCGGUGGCGGCGCCCAGCAGCUUAGAGGACAGCACAUCCUAUGCCGGUGCAGCCUUCUCAGGCAGUGUGGUCUUGACUGAGCGGCUGACCGACGAUGCAGGCGUGGCGGGGGGCUGCAGCCGCACAGAGAGUGCGGGCAUGGGGGCGCAGCUUAGUGGUAACCACCUCCGCCCCAAAAAUGGGCUGCAGCAGCCGCCACCCCAGCAGCAGCAGCAGCAGAAGCUGGGCAAGCGGCGCUACAGCGUUAACAUGGGCUUCAAGCACCCUGGCUUCAGCAAGAGGAGGCGGCGGGCCAACUCACAGAGUGACCCAGUGCUGCCCACCAACUUCCUGCUGGGCGGGAACAUCUUCGACCCGCUGAACCUCAACAGCCUACUGGAUGAGGAGGUGAACCGUGCCCUGAAUGCCGAGACACCCAAGUCCUCGCCUCUGCCUGCCAAGAGCCGCGACCCCGUGGAGAUCCUCAUUCCCAAGGACAUCACAGACCCACUCAACCUCAACAGCACUGGGGGCGACGGCAAUAUCCUGGCGUCCCCCCUGAAGAGUGGAGGCAGGAAGAGACACCGCAACCGCCACCAUGGGGGGGGAGGAGGUGGGGGGGCAGCGGUCCAGCUGGACCUCCUGGCGGGUGAGAGGGGUAAGGCUGGUGAGGGGGGCGCACCAGCAGCCGAAGCCCCCAAGGAGGGCUCCGUCCUGCUUAAUCUGACGCCAGUCCCUGAGUCCCCACGCCCCUACGAGCUCAACACCUCCAUCAACUGCCGUGAUGAGGUGGUUCCGCCCAUCCUGCCCCGAAGCCGGCCCCACCCCGCCCUGGGUUCUGCCCCUCCACCUCAGGUGCAAGGCCCUGCGGGUUCAGGCUCCCUCUCUGCCCCCUCCCAGGCCUCCUCCUCUCGCUGCCGCAAGCGCAGGCGCACCUCCAGCCGGUCUGACUCCACUGCCCCCACCUCCGCCCCUGCCCCGCCCACCAAGAAGGGGAGCACAGAAAGGGGGCGGGGCCCUGGCGCGGGGAGGCGACUGCAGACCUUUCACACGCCGGUGGGGGGCAGUAGGGCGGGGAGUGUGCCCAUGGGGGGCCGGUCCUCCCAGCAGCCCCAGCGUGGCCGCCGCAAGCAGCAGAGGUUCCAGUAUGGCAACUACAACAGGUACUACGGCUACCGCAACCCAGGCCUGAGUGAGGACCCGCGUGUGUGCGUGCUGAGGCCCGAGUGGUUCCGCGGCAAGGCUGUGUUGGACCUGGGCUGCAACACAGGCCACCUCACCCUCACCAUUGCCAAGAACUGGCACCCUGCUCGCAUCCUUGGCCUGGACAUCGACAGUGGGCUGGUGCGUGCCGCCCGGCAGAACGUCCGGCACUACCUGUCCGAGCUGGAGGCCCACAAGGCCCGGCGGAGCACAGGGGAGGGGCGGGGCAAGGGCAGGGGCAGAAGCCGAGAGUGGGCAAUGGUGAACUCAGCAGGGGAAGAACAGAAAGCAACGGCACACACUGAGGGGGGGAGCAAAAUGGAGGACAAACAGGAAGUGGGAGCAUCAAUGGACACAGACAACCACACAGCAUCCUCAUGCCCCACAGAGGGGACAGAGGGUACCGCCACUGCAGCGCCCCCUGGUGGUCACUUAGCCAGCCCCCCAUUUCCUGUCUCUCUGCGGAUCUGCAGGGGGCCCAUCGCUGCGCCCCCACUUCUGCACACUGCUACGGGAGACUUCCCUGCCAAUGUCUCCUUCCUGAAGGGGAACUAUGUGCUGGAGAGUGACGCCUUGCUGCAGACCCAGCAGCCCGAGUAUGACGUGAUCCUGUGCCUCAGCCUCACCAAGUGGGUGCACCUGAACUGGGGCGACGUGGGGCUGCAGCGCCUCUUCAAGCGUGCCUUCAGACACUUGCGGCCUGGCGGUAUCUUCAUCCUGGAGCCACAGCCCUGGGCUUCCUACAGCAAGAGGAAGAAACUAACGGAGACCACCUAUAAAAAUUACUACAACAUCCGGUUCAAGCCAGAUCAAUUCAGCUCCUACCUGACAUCGGAGGUAGGCUUCUCCAGCUAUGAGCUCAUCGGCACCCCCACGAGCUCCUCCAGAGGAUUUCAGAGACCAAUUUACCUGUUUCAUAAAGGACCGUCUUCCACAAGGAAAUGACUGUCAUCUGGAAGACGGGGAAAUGACUGUGAUCUUGGAAGUCAAGGAAGUACAAAAAAAAGAAAUUUAUUCAUCCACCUAUUUCUUAAGUGUGAGCUUUUUCAGACAGAAAUUUUAACCUUUGGGAAAACACCUGCAGCAAGAAAAGCUCUGAACAUAAUUGGGGGGAGCCAAAAUGCUGAUAAAUGAAUUCAACAGAUUUCUUAGUUUUACUUGCCAAUUUAACAGGCCCCUCUGAUUUUGUAAAGACUAAAUAUGGGAAAAAACUGUCAGAAUAGACUAACAAACAAACACACACAAACCACUUUGAAAGCAUUAUUCUAUAGCGUUCUGUUGUUUCCUUAUAGAAGUGCAGCUACAAAUCUGUGUUUGAGAAAAACGUGUAUUAUUCCAGCACUUUUGUUUCUUGCUGUGGAUCCGCACCUGUUGGAGGUGUCAGUAGACUUCAGGAGAUGAGAGCUCACUAUUCAGUGUCAUGUUAUGUAACUGCCAGCUUCUGAAGCUGCCUGCCAAUCGCAUCACUCGCCUCUGCCCUAAUGAACGGGAGAGGGGGCUGUUCCUGUCCUUCCUGAAGGACUGGCUAUGGUGUUUUUUCAUACAUGCUUUUGAACAGCAUGAGGUGGAGGACUGGGAGCCUCAAGCCUCCAUACACCAGCAUUUUCACAAUGCUCGCACAAUGUUGCGUGUGCAUUCAGAAGGAGUUGUGUGUCAGCUGAGGGGAGAUCCUCAUGGUGUUACUAGUGGCAGAAGACUGAGAAAAUGGCUGACAGGCCUGGAGCCCCUACACAGACACAGCACCAGAGCUGUGACUGCAAACCCAACCCUCUGCAGAGCCGUGGGGCACAGCAUCAGGAUGGAGAACACCACUGCUCCUUUCCCAAAGACCCGACAUUCAGCCCUGACAAAGGAGAAUGACAGCAAAUGGGGCUCUGAUCUCACACCCCGCCGAGACAAUGGUUUGGGGAACAGUGGGGAGCACAUUUAUGGUUCACCAGGACUGACUGGCUUCAGCAGCCUGCUUCAUUUGUUUGUUUUCAGGAUCCAGCACGCCCGUGGCAGACGCUGAACGCAACGCACAGUCCUGGGAGAGGCUUCCUUUCUCAGCAGGAAACCGCCACUUCAGCCAGGGUGUAGGCCGCUGCUCCAUGAAGAUUCUCCUGUAUUUUUUAACUAAAUUCACAGGAACACAGUUCCCCUUGGUUUGUGUGUGCAUUUUGAGUGACAGGAAGGUCCGUACUUAAUCAUGUUAACAAGGUCAUUUUCCCUCCAGUCACACAAAAGGUUUUUGAGUGCUUUCAAUGUUUUAAA